AUGACACGCAUUCGCGGUCUGCUCGCCGCACUGAACAGCGACGGAAGAUAUAAAUUUAAGGCCCCUGAGUUCGCUAUAGACCAUCUUGUGGUUGGGGGAGGUGUCGUUGGUCUUGCGAUUUCGGAGGCCUUGGUGAAGCGGUUUCCCGGGAAGACCACCUUCCUUGUUGAAAGAAAUCCGCGUGUGGGCGAGGAAAUAAGCUCUCGAAACUCAGAGGUCAUACAUGCCGGCUUGUAUUACCCACCGGACUCGCUAAAGACCAAGGCGUGCUUGGUGGGUCGGCAGCUACUCUAUGAAUUAUGCGACCGCCAUGGUAUCGCAUUCAAGAAGACGGGAAAGCUCGUUGUCGCCACAAAAGAGCAGCGUCCAUAUAUCGAAGGCCUCCAUGCCAAAGCACAGAAACUCCAGUGGCCAACUUUCGCUUCUUUACAACGACCUCCCAACUCUGUACUCCCAACAAGGCUACUCGAUUCAUCUGAGCUCCACGAAAUGCAACCUGGCCUGUCUAAAGAGCUCGCGGCAGCACUGUGGAGCCCGGAGACCGGCAUCGUCGACUCACACGGACUUAUGGAAACACUGGAGAACGAGAUUCUAGACUCAGACGGUGGGGAAGUGGUGGCUUCGACGCGGGUCGUGCGAGUCGAUCCCCAUACGCCUUCACCUACCUCCCCAGGCCACGGUUGGGUAGUCCAAAUGGUGACUGGUGAUUCCGCUGAGGGCGAUUCGGUAUUGGCUAGGACAGUUAUAAACUCAUCCGGCCUCUCGGGACCAUUUCUUCUCAACUCCAUUCUCCCGAGGACAGAACGAAUACCGAUGUACUACGCCAGAGGCUCUUACGCUUCAUACCACGGCGCAGGCGUUUCCAACAUCUCCCACUUGAUAUACCCUUGCCCGGAGACAGGACCAAACGCACAUGCGUUUCAGUCCCUCGGGACGCACUUGACUCUGGAUCUGCAGGGCAAAGUCCGCUUUGGACCAGACAUCGAAUGGCUGUCGCCUGCGAGUAAAACAAGCAACGAAGAAAACGAGGAAUGUGUGGAAGGCGAGGAAACCAUAGACUUUUGGAAAGAGCACCUCGUGCCGAACGAGUCCAGGAUCGCAGAAAUGCAUGCUGCAGUCUCGCGAUACCUCCCUGGAGUCACGGUCGAUGGGAUGCAGCCUGACUACGUGGGCGUCCGUCCCAAGCUAGUCCCCCCAGCAGGCGGAUUCCAGGACUUCGUAAUACGAACUGACUAUCCCUCCAACAUCAAAGGGAAUAGCCCUAUGAUCUCACUCUUGGGGAUCGAAAGUCCAGGGCUUACCUCAAGUCUCGCUCUGGGUAAAAUGGUCGCAGGAAUAGUAGAACAGCACAGAGGUGACUCAGACAAUCUGGCGUAA